AAACAGCACAUGACGUGCACGUGUUUUUCUUUCUUCUUUCCUGCGCUGCCUCCCACUCCCCCGCUCUUUGCUCCCUGUCUGGCUCCAAUUCUCUGUACCAAAUUAACAAAAAUCACAACUAUACCCCAAGUAUGAAGCCCACCUCAGCCACUAACCCAUCCAAAGAUCACCAGUCUCUAUCUCGAGCAGCGGCACUCCACCUCGUCUUGAAAAUUCCAAGUUUUGCAUGACGGGUUGGCUCAGCUGUAGCUGUUUAGGCUCAAGUGAGAUCAAUAUUCGUUACCCACAUGGGUACCAAAACGGUGGGGAGGCAACAGCAUGAGAAAAGGAAAACAAAGAAUGAGGAUGAUUCCUUGAAAGCCAAAGAUUCAUUGCUUGUGAGUGGAGGGGAAGGUCUAACUCUGAAUAUGGAAUGCAAGAAAAAGACGAAGAAGAAGAAGAGUGAGGGCCAUGAGGAUAGCAUUGAGGAUUCUGCAGCAAGUUCUAGACUAAGUGAGGGUAAUGUUAAUGCAGCAGGCAAGGGUGAGAAGAAGGAGAAGAAGAGUGAGAAAUAUGAGUUAGUAAGUUCUAGUCUAAGUGAGGGUAAUGUAGACUUGAAUAAUGCUGCUGACAAGAAGGAGAAGAAGAGAAAGUUGGAGCGUGUUAAUAAUGAGAAAGAACCUCAGGUGUCCAAGAAGAAAAAUAAGAUGAGUGAAGUGAGAGAGGCUUUGGGGGAGACCCACAUGAGAAUGGAUGAUAAUUUGGGAUUGCAAAAGAAUGUCCAGGUGGAUUUUGUCAGCAAUUCUGAGUCAGAAGUGAGAAGAGAUAGGAAAAAAAAUCACAAGGAGAAAAACAGAGAAGGUAAAGCUAUCACUGUUUCUUCUGUGCUCAACAGCAUUGAUGAUAACAGAAGGGGAGAGGUGUUUGAGGUACAGAAAGGCCCUGGGAAUGAAGAUAUUGCUAACAUGAAUAACAGGGAAGGACAAGGCCGCAAGAAGGAAAAGAAGAGGAAACAGAAUAAGUAUGAUGAUGGCCGUGGUGAUACUGAGAUAGUUAAUAGUGUAGCUGAUGGAAAAGAUGCUGGAAGAGAGGAGUCAAUUGAAGUUGUUCAGGACAAGGUAGAGUCUUCAAAGAAGGAGAAGAAGAAAAAGAAGAAAAAACUCAAUGUUGUUCUAGAGGCUGCAUCAAUGCAAAUUAUGGCUGAGACAACAGGUAACCAAAACAGUGUAAUAGAAGGUGAUGGAGGUAACAGAAGUUCGAUUAAAAAUAAGGCUAGAGAUGGCAAACUAAAGGUCAAUGCUGAAGGUGGAAACAAAAGGAAGAAGAAGGCCAAGUCCUUGGAAAAUCGUUCAAAAGAAAAAAGUAGUGAAAGAGUAACAGAAAUGGAGGAAGACGCUGAAAGCACUCGUCCAUCUGAAAAAUCUUUUAAAAAAGUGACAUCUAAGAGAGUAAGUUUCUGUGAAGAUGUCGAGAUUUUCCCUUCAUCUGAUGGUCCUAGUGAUAAGAAGGCUGUUGGGGAAGACGGCUUUGUGCGAGGGAAGCGGUUCUCACUUGAGGAGGAUGAGAUGGUUAAAGAAGCUGUUUUAAACUAUAUUAAUGUUCAUUGUUUAGGUGCAGACGGUCUAAACAUGGUGCUGAAUUGUAAAAAGCACCCUGCGAUUAAACAUUGCUGGAAGGAGAUAGGGGCAGCCUUACACUGGAGGCCUCGUGAGAGUGUCUAUUAUCGAGCCCAUAUAUUGUUUGAAAGGGACCAGAAUUCUUCUUGGACCCCAGAAGAGUAUGAUCUCAUCCGAAAGUUUCAUGAAAAACAUGGAUCAGACUGGAAGACACUGGCAGAAGCCUUGGGCAAACAUAGGUUUCAUGUAAAGGAUACGUGGCGCAGAAUAAAAUUGAUCAAUAUGAAGAAAGGGAAAUGGUCUCAAGAUGAGUACCAGUCUUUAUUUGAUUCGGUGAACUUGGAUCUGCGCUUGAAAGCUUUUGUUGAAAGGAAGACAAAGCAUGGGAUGUUACGAGAUAAUAUUAGUUGGACUGCAAUUAGUGAGAAGUUGGAAACUAGGACUGAUGCUCUCUGCUGCCAAAAAUGGUAUGAUCAAUUAACGUCACCUAUGGUAGCUGAAGGUAAAUGGCUUGAUACAGAUGACUAUCGGCUGCUGAUGGAGCUCUACGACUUGGAUGCUUGCUGCAUGGAAGAUGUCGACUGGGACAAUCUUCUAGAGCACAGGUCUGGAGAUCUGUGUCGGAAGCGAUGGAACCAAAUGGUCAAACACCUUGGUGACCAUCGUAACAAGUCAUUUGCUGAUCAAGUUGAUGUUGUCAUUAACCGUUACUGUCCUGACGUUCUUGAAGCAAGAGAGGCCUACAAUAGCAAACCUGCUGUUCCUUGAGGUUACAAUCCUUUUGGGUGGUUUAUUGCUCCUUUUCUUUAUCCGAGUCUGAAGUGUUGGUGUCCCUGGUUAGGUUGGCAUUGAAGUCUUUUCCCCAAGCAACUGAAAUUUCUUAAAUUACCUUUCCUUUUUCUGCAUUGUAAUUCAUAGAUCAAUACUUUUUAUUAUUUUGCUUUCUAGACUGAUGCUGUUCUCCACUGAAAUAUUUCUCCUUGUGCUCUUUUAUU